AUGGGAGACCGCAGACCAUACUUGGUCAACGAUCCGGGAUCGGCGGUGCCGGUCUGGCGGGAGACGAUCACGGCUCGAUCAGAUCACUCCGAGUUGCGCGACUCGUCCGACCCCGGUUUCAUGACGGACGCAAACUGUGCACCAUCAUCUACGGUAGCUCCUCCAGCGAUGUUCGAGCGAUCUCAGGGUAUGUUCAUGCCCAGCGGAGAGGGUGGUGUGUCGACUCGACUCCCCGAUCCCACUGUGGGCCUCGUCGACGCUGGCGCGUCGACAUCCACCGGCGCCAACCGGCGGCAGUCCGUCGCUUCGACGGGGACACACUCGACUCGACCUUCUUACGCUGAGUCAUUGAAUCGGUUCAACAGUGCUCGUGAUCAGGUGAGCGCUAGUUACUCAUGGCAGUCCACGGUUGACCGCAAGCGUGGUGAGGGCCGCCGGCCCACCCCCGCCCGCCCGCGUCGCGACCUCGGGGUCCGGUGUAUAUCAGACCGUGCCUACCGCAAUGGACAUCUUCUGCUACGCUUGGUCACAUGCGGGCUCCACGGCUUGAAGACUUUGUCAACAUCCUGGAUGACGGGAGUCGGCGCGUCGAUCGUUGACAUUCCAAGAAACUGAUCUGUCUCCGUUACGGCCAACCUUCAGGUUCAACACGCCUACCCAUCGCAACGCGGCGGCCAGGCGUUUCAACAUUUUCCACCCCAUUAUCCCGGUCCGGAAGUGUACUCCACAGAUGCCCGAUCGAACCAGAAUGAACAUGGACUCGCCCGGCACCCUCAUGCUCAGCAUAUCAACGGCGAAGGAGGGGCUGCGCGCAGCAGCAAUCAGGCUCACGAAACGCCGAACUCGGCGGCUUUGGCACCCGCGCCGUGGUCGUCCCUUCCGCCUGGAAAUCUUUUUGCACCCUCUACGACGCUAUCGAAUGGCCUUUCCAACAACGCGUGGGGUUCCGUCACACCGGCCUCGUACCAUUCCGGCCCGAGCCAUCAAACUCACCUCCCGCCUCCACGCCCAGGGGCCUACUAUCCGUCGGGGGCCCAACACAACAUGCGACCCAUCUUCAGCAAUGAUUUUAGCUACGUUCAACCGCUUGAGAAUAUUCCAGUGCAAUACCGACCGGCUACUCGUAUUGAACAGUACCCAAGCAGUCAACUGCAUCGGCAGAGCUUCCCAGGGGAUACCGAUUCCGGAGUCUUGUACCCUUCCAACCUAGGGGAUACCACCUUCGGCCACGUGACCAACACAGCGGCACCACGACAAGAGCGCCUGCACUAUGAGCAACACCCUCCGCUCAUGAGCUACCCGCACGGGAUGGGGGUCCGAACAUCUUCGACCACGGUUGUGCCUGCCGACGAUCACGUUCGCGGCUCAAAUGACCGAGUGAACUACCUGGACCAGCGUACUAUGCAACUCGACCGGUUCGGCGCAAGCUCCGGGGGAUCUCAGUACGACGCGGUCAACCACCUCUCGGCGUCCAAUAUUUUGAACCUUGCAGAACACGAGCGGCGUUUUCUCAAGCGCAAGGAGAUGCAUGCCCUGGAGCAGACUUCAAUGGUGAGCUGGGUUCUCAUUUCACCGACCCAAUCCUUGGGUUGCUGACCCAGGACUAUCUACGGCGUGUCAGUCGAACAUGGACCCCCCUACGACUGGUCUGUCCGGUCUGACUGGGACCUUGAUGGCUCCCUCGUUCUCUCAAGAGAAGCACGUGUCCCGAUACCCAGUCCAUGCCGCAGCACCAGAUGGUUCAGAUUUGGCGGACGUGCUCGCCAAAGCGAUGCGGAUGCGUGCGGAAUUACGUGCUGCUCCACCGGUCCUCCCGUAUAACCCCGCCCGGGAGCCUUCAGCUUCCGCAAAGCCGAUUGUGCAGCGUGAUGGAGUCAAGUACGCACUCAUGAUGAGUCCGGCUACCAAUGGCGACGGCACGAGCAGGCUCUCAAAGGCGCGGCAGGCCGAAGUACCGGCAACGUGUCAAACUUGCGACAAAUCGAUCGCGAACUUGAUGCUGCGCGGGAAGGAUGUCGAAUUUGCCCCUCAGGUCGAGUUCAAAUGUCUCGCCUGCCUUUUGAGCAAAGUGGACGAGCCUCUUGCGGAAACAUUCAUUUCGGUCAAUAGCCAGAGUACGACACCCAGCGGAACACCACCGGCACAAACGACAGUUGGGAAAUCCACGCCGGUGGAAGCAAAGAUCACAUAUGCCGAUACGAUGAGCGCCGAGAUCGAUCGCAUGGAAGGACGCGAGGUCGCUGCCGUAGUGAUCGAGCCGUCGGUCGAGGUGGGCCGAAACCUUCCGCCCCACAUCAAGAAGCAAGCGUUCACGUGCGACAUCUGUGAUCGAAUCAUCGGGGCGGGACAGAUCACGUCAGCGACGUUGCAGACUCUGCCAAGCUUCACGGUGGAGGUUCUUUGUCUGAACUGCAUCGCCAAAUACAAGCCUUGCUCCGAUUGCGGUGGUGGCGGUGGGCGCUUAACACCCGGACGAUGGAGGUGCAAGGAGUUGUUCCCCGCGGGCCGUCGCACGUGCCAGCUGUCGCAUGCGCGCAAUCCACCCCUGUCGGAUAUGGAGUUUGAGACUCUUUCGAUCGUGGACAUUCAUCCGGACAAGCUGGAUCAGCUCGAGGCGCGAUGUCGUCUGGUGUACUUUGAUACGAGGCUACGUUCGACCGCUCGACCGGAAGUAUUGGAAACAGGAGAUAGCUUAGCGUGAGUUGACAGUCACAUACAGACUGCGUGACCCACGGCAAUGCUGAUUUGGCUAUUUGCAUCUGUGUUGCUCACCAGGCUUACGUUUCGGGAGGCCGAGAACCAAUGCAUCGACCAAUGGAAUCUGCUGUCUUCGCUGCUACGCGAGGACAUUGAGGAGUCAAGACUUAUCCGCCGCUAUGUCGCCUUGCAUUCGGCCACACCCCAUCGACGCCGGGCCAAGUCCAAGGUCAAGACGCGGGAUGAUGGCACGGACGUCAGUCCUUCGUCCGCAUCGCAGCCCGACGAGGAGGAUUCACCAGCCCGGGACAAGGAGGUGACGGGGUUCACGCUCAUCGAGCACGACCUUGUAAAGGGCGUUCUCUUCUACGCGGUCAUCAUGCCCUGGGCCGUGUCUGGUGAGGCCUUCGAGGCGACGUCAAUCCUGGUCGGUAACUCGACGCGCAAAAUUCAAGGGGAUCUCGAGUACCUCAACGCUCUGCGACGACGACAUGGUCUCGCCGAAUACCCCAAAUUGUCGGCCAUGUGGAGUUUGACGCCUUUCCAGAAGGUAUCGCGGAUGAGUCAAUCCGUCACGCGACGCCACUUUAUGUUCUUUCACGACUACAUGGAGGCCCAUCCCGAGACGGACAAGACUGCUUUCCCACCGUACCGAAAGACUCAUAUUCCGAAUCAAUGUGAGAAACGGCCUCUCUUCUUGCCCACUGCCUUGCCUGCUCAGGGCUCGUUCCGGAUCUCAUAUUGACCUUCCCUCCGGCUUCUAUCACCAGUCCUCAAAGCGUUCAACAUCUUCGUCCGUCCCAUCACAUACGGUGACGCGCCCGCCGACAUGAGCGCCAAAGAGGUCGACCACCAGAACCGACCUCGCAUGCCAAAGCGAAUCCGUUCCAACACUUAG